UCGUCUGUGGUUUUGUUUCGUCGCAAUGAAAAUAAAAAUCGAAGAGAAAAUUAUUUACCGUCGAUGCACAAGAUUGAUGUCGCGGUAUUUGACUCAGUUGAAUGAGACGCCACGCAUUUUCAAUUCGAAAGUGGUGAUUGAAUUCAACGCUGAGCUCGCUCGAAUGCAGUUUCAACGGCGUCCGGCAGCACGAAUUGCCCGGCGCCAUUCAGUUCACGUUCGACGCCAGCCUGUUGACAAUGAACAACCGCUACUGCCACAACCGCCACUGCCACAAUCACAACCACAACCAUCACGGCGAUAUCGCCGAGCUCAGAGCGUUUUCGAGCCGAAUCGCAAAUACAUUGGCCCAGACGAUUUAACUGGAGUCCUGAAUAAUUUACGCGAGAGUUCAAGUGGAGUGUACCGAUCAUCGUUUCACUCAGUAAGAAACCGAAAAGUGGUCGUGUCAGAGCAACAAACGGGAACCCUACCAGUUGCUAAUAUACAUAUGAUCGAAAACAACUCAGGUCGUAUGGCGGAUAUCGAGGAAGAUGUGAAUGACAUCAUGGAACCAGAUGAUCCACAUGCAGUUGUGGCAGUUGUUCCUGAUGCAAACAUUGGCCCAAAUGAUAUGACUGGCCCAUUGAAUAACUUGCGAGAUGGUUCGAGUGGAUUGCACCGAUCAUCGUUUGAGUCGGUAAAAAGCCAAGACGUGAUCGUUCCAGAGCAACAAGUCAAAACCCAACCCGGUGAUGACAUCGAAUUGUUCGAAUACGACUCAGGUCGUAUGGCGGAUAUCGAGGAAGAUGUGAAUGACAUUAUGGAACCUGAUGAUCCAAUUACAGUUUCGGCAGUUGUUCCUGAUGACAACAAUAUUGACCCAGACAAUGUGACUGGCCCAUUGAACAGCUUGCGAGAUGGUUUGAAUGGAUUGCACCGAUCAUCGUUUGGAUCGGGGAAAAACCGAGAGGUGGUCGUGUCAGAGCAACAAAUCGAAAAUGAUGGGGAUGAAAUAAUGGGACACGAUGAUUCUGUGGCAUUUGUUUCCGAUGACAACAAAGAGAACAAUGAUCCUAGUGAUCGUGCAAAGUGGCUGAGAGACAUAUCGAAGGCAGAAAAGAAAUUGAACCAAAUGAGAGAGAAUUUAGGGUUGACAGAGCCCUCUCAGUUGCCAUCGUAUCCAGCCGUGAACGAGUUCGAUGAUUUGCGUUAUGAUGGAAGUAGCGAAGACUCAUUUUGAACACAAAAACAAUUUGAAACGUGAUACUAAAUUUAAAGCAAUAUCUUAGCAAUAGCAAUCAGAUUUAUACGGAUUUAUAUGAUUAAGUGCAAAAAUUAACACGAUCAAAAAGAAUUAUUGUU